AUGGCGAUGAUGAUGACUGGCCGUGUGCUGCUGGUGUGUGUCCUCUGCGUGCUUUGGUGCGUCACUGUUUUUGGAGAUGCAAGGGACAACCGCUGCGUUGAGGGUGAAAAAAACUUCUUGACUCACACGAAAAAUGGAGGAAAUGACAGGGUGCGCCUGACGGCGGAUUGCGAGUUGAUUUCCACCCGAAUGGGAUUAAUAAAGGCGGUUGAAGCUGGGGAAAGAGAAGAAGAAUCAGAAAGUGAUAAUGCCCCAUUGGAAAAGACGGAGAAAUCAGCGCCUGGUACUCUGCUGGCCGUUACUGAGGGCAAUGCAGCGCCUGGUCCAAAAGAAGGGAAAGGUGCCGCAGGUGCAGCAACACCAUCGCCGUCUGGACCUGGAGUGCCAGGGACAGGUGAUGAAACCAGGCAGUUAACUGCAGCUGGUCAAAAAGGGAGUGAAAACAAAAACGUGGAUCCCAAUAAUAAAGCGUCGAAUAAGUCCCAGGACCAACACACCGAUCAAUUGCCCUCUUCACCUGGCAGCUCUUCCACUCGUUCUGAUGAAAAAUCCUCUUUGACGGGUACUGAUGAAAUCAACCAAUUGCCCAAUGACACGGAGACGAAAGGAGAUGCCAGUCGUCAGGAUACAAAUGGAAGUGAUGAAGCGAUAGAGAAAGAGGAUGGAGAAAAAGAGAAGGAAAAAAAACAAGAAAAAAACACAUUACUACCCGAGAAACACGAGGGUCAAAAUAAUGGAGGAGGAAAACCACCACCAGUACCUGCACCACCAACAGGUGAAGAAAGCCCGAUACCAGAUCAAGAAAACUCACAGAAUCCGAAAAAAGUAACGAACGAAAACAAACCGUCAGGAUCCAAAACGGAAUCAAAAUCAACGCAACCACCUUUAGGGGAUGCUACACAAGGACAGCACAGUCACAACACAGACACAGAGGAUUCAACGAAGAAUGUAGCAACCGGCAGUCCAGCAGAAACAACAACAACCUCAUCUACCUCUACAAGCGGCAGCUGUGAUCAUGUCCAGAAUAAGGUAGAUGAGGAUGAUGCCCAAAGCUCUGAAGAACAACACGACGUUCUUGAAACUGGCAAUACCAACGUUGUUCCAACACUCAGUGAGGCAGCACCACAAACAGCAGGAACAGCUACCACCGCCGCUCAAACAAAUCAUACGACGAAGUCUGGCGACGGUGACGGCAGCACCGCGGCCUCCCACAUCACCUCCCCUCUUUUGCUUCUUCUUACUGUUGUUGCGUGUGCUGCUGCGGCUGCGGUGGUGGCCGCGUGA